AUGACUGUUGGGCAGUGCCAGGCGUACCUGAGGUUCCACCGCCUGCGAGUGAGCGGCGCCAAGCCCGUCCUCGUCAGCCGCAUCCAGGAGCAUCUCGAGAUCAACGAUGCCGCGUCAGCCAUGCGCAAGUAUCCGCCCGAAUCCUUCUCCAUUCACUGCAAAGGUGGAAGUGCUCUGGAUCUCGGGCUUGCAGCCUUUGCCGCCACUCAAGCAGCACAUGCUGAAGGGGAGAAAGCUGUACGGAUUUUCAACGCACCGCCAGCCUUGGAGCAACGAGGCUCGGAGAGGGUUGCUGUUCUGGAAGAGAAGCACGCGAGGGGAGGCGCAGCUCGCAAUGUUUGCAGCGUGCGCAAGGAGAGGGCUCGGGUGGGGAGGCGUGCAGCUUCCUUAAUGGUUCCUCAUUCUCUGUUCUCCCCUACCCUUUUACAGCCUUGGCCCAACGAGGCGGAGAGAGUUGCAGUGCUGGCUGAAAAACACGCGAGGGGAGGCGCAGCUCGCACCGUUCGCAGCGUGCGCAAGGAGUGGGCUCAGGUGGAGAGGCGGGCAGCAGCACGGAAAGCAGCAGGCGAGGCAGCUGUGGAAGCUGCCGCGAAGGCGCUGCAAGGGCUGGUGAUAGGAGGGCUGGUAGGUGCGCGGCGUGGGAGGGAAGGGCGGGCAGUUGAGGUGCGUGAGGAACAUGCAGUGGGGAGUUUAGGUGCUGGAGAGAAUGAUGCAGCUGCAGGGAGAGUGGAACGGGCAGCUGAGGAGGAGAGAGCAGCUGAAGCAGCAGCAGCAGCAGCUGAAGAGGCGAGAGCAGCUGAAGAGGCGAGAGCAGCUGAAGAGGCGAGAGCAGCUGAAGAGACGAGAGCAGCUGAAGCAGCAGCAGCAGCUGAAGAAGCAGCAGCAGCUGAAGAGGCGAGAGCAGCUGAAGAAGCAGCAGCAGCUGAAGAGGCGAGAGCAGCUGAAGAAGCAGCAGCAGCUGAAGAGGCGAGAGCAGCUGAAGCAGCAGCAGCAGCUGAAGAGGCGAGAGCAGCUGAAGAGGCGAGAGCAGCUGAAGAGGCGAGAGCAGCUGAAGCGGAGAGAGCGGCUGAAGCGGAGAGAGCGGCUGAAGCAGAGAGAGCGGCUGAAGCGGAGAGAGCGGCUGAAGCAGCAACAGCAGCGAUGCAGCGGCUGGCAAUACGACGAGGAGUAGGUGGUGCAGCUGGGGUGACUACGACCAAAGGUCGAGGCAGCCAAGCAAGAAAGGGAAAAAGUCCGAGAAGCUUCCCUCAGACCAACAACGGGAAUGAGAGGGAGGAGUGGGAGAGGAGCCGAGAGCCUGCGACAAACAAUACGCCCUUGCGCAGUCAGGCGGUGAACGUGAGUGCAGUGAGAUGUGAUUCAAGGGACAGGGAGAUUCUGAAGCGGGAGAGGGCACGCGUGGGGAAUGAGAAGGGGCGGGGAGCUGAUGCAGUGGCGGGGAAUGGCAGUCGUGUGGAGUCAGGCGGGGGUGUGAUGGGUGGGGGUGGUCCUGUGGAGGCGACUGUGCUCAAAUACCACAACCAGCCAACGGGAGAGUGCAGAGCAGGGAGAGUGCAAGCUGGCAUCCACCAUGCGCUCCGCAAGGAGUGCGCCCGCAUUGCAAGGGAAGCGGGGUUCGGCGUCCAGGUCGACCCGACCCUUUACAUAUUCGGCAUUGAGCUAGAGGACUUGAAGGUGGAUCUCGCCAUCCGGCACCCGGAUUCGAGGGCGGUGUGGCUGUGCUUCAUAACCGUCACCGACCCCAUGUCCUCACCUCAAGACCCCACAGCAAGCCAGGCUGUAGAUAGGGGUGCACCCGCAGCAGCACGGUCCAAAGAGCACGAGAACCGCAACCUCGCGGCCCGGGUUGUCUUCCUGGAUAUGGCGGUGGAGACGUACGGGGGCUGCUCCCCUGGGGUGCUCGAUUUUCUCCGCCUCUGCGCCAACCUUGGGGCCAAGCGGCUGUACAACGCUGGGCGGGCUUUAAGGCGCCCGCUGCGCCUGCGCCGCGUCGCCCCUGCUGUCCCGUCCCGUCCCGUCGCCCCUGCUGCCCCGUCGUCCCUGCUGUCCCGUCCCGUCGCCCCUGCCGUCGCGUCGCCCCUGCUGUCCCGUCCCGUCCCAUCGCCCCUGCUGUCCCGUCGCCCCUACUGUCCCGUCCCGUUGCCCCUGCCGUCGCGUCGCCCCUGCUGUCCCUUCCUGUCCCGUCGCCCCUGCUGUCCCGUCGCCCCUGCUGUCCCGUCCCGUCGCCCCUGCCAUCGCAUCGCCCCUGCUGUCCCGUCCCGUCGCACGCACCCCAUGCGCCCUGCCCGUCCGUCGCGCCCUGCGCCUUGCUCGUCCGUCGCGCCCUGUGCGCCCUGCCCGUCCGUCGUGCCCCGUGCGGCCUGCCCGUCCGUCGCACCCUGUGCGCCUUGCCCAUCCGUCGCGCCCCCGCUGCGCCCUGCCCGUCCGUCGCGCCCCGUGCGCCCUGCCUGUCCGCGCGUGUCACGCCCGUCCCUGCCAGUCGCGUCCGUCCCGUCGUGA